AUGGGGCGGGGAUUCCCGCGGGCCUAUAAAGCAGCAGGUGCUUACCGCACCCUCGGUCUGCUCACACGGCUCCCUCCUGACCUGUGGCCACCGCCCCGACAUCCCAAGCCAAGCCCGAGGCGCUGGCCGCUCCCGCCGCCCGGAGCCCGGCGGGCUGGGCAUCCCCGCACCGGCGCUCUCUCGCUGUUCCGCGGUCCCGCUGCUUCUGCCGCCCGGUGCCGCCGUCGAGUCGCUGCAGAGACCCGGUCGCCGCCGGCUCGCGGGACCAAUGAGAACUCCGCUGCUGCCACGGGCGCUCCCGGUGCUGUCGCUGCUGCUGAUCUUAGGCUCAGGAUAUGCCUUUAUGCAGCUGGGUUGAACCUCAAUGACACCACCUUUGGGAAAAGUGAACCAUCUUCCGGGGACCACAAUACCAGUGGACUUGCGGUUUCUGCCGUAAGUGAGAUGCCCUCUGGCAGUGAACUCUCCACGGGGGACUAUGACUACUCAGAGGAAUAUGACAAUGAGCCACAAAUACCUGGCUACGUGAUAGAUGAUUCAGUCAGAGUUGAACAGGUAAUUAAGCCCAAGAAAAAUAAGACAGAAGAGGACAAGACUUCAGACAAGCCCAAAAGAAAGAAAAAGGGAGGCAAAAGUGGAAAGGGUAGAAGAAACAAAAAGAAGAAAAAGAACCCGUGUGAUGCUGAGUUCAAGAAUUUCUGCAUCCAUGGCGAAUGCAGAUACAUGGAGAACAUAAAGACUGUGACCUGCAACUGUCAUCAAGACUACUUUGGUGAGCGGUGUGGAGAGAAAUACAUGAAGACUCACAGCGGGAAUGACAGCGACCUAUCCAAGAUCGCACUACUGACCAUAACCAUCUUUGUCUCUGUCGUAAUCUUCAUAGCUAUUGGCGUCGCUGUCACCAUCCAGCUUCGAAAACGAUACUUCAAGGAAUAUGAAGGAGAAGCCGAAGAGCGGAAGAAGCUUCGACAGGAAACGGGAAAUGUGCACAUCAUAGCCUAGCUGAAGACAGUCCAGGGUAAGAGUCACGCACUGCCAAGUCACAAGCACUGAUCGGUCCUCUUUUUGAUGAAGGAAGUGGAGCCUGCUGAUGGCUUCAGCCUUUCAAUUGUCGCUCUUCAUGAGAGUCUUAUUUCUGUACAUACACAGCUGUGUGGA